AUGGUUCUUAAUGACAAUAACAAGAGUCUGUCAGUGAAACAAGAAGAAAACAAAUGCAGCUUGUCAAUUAGGAAGAGAUCCAGAGUGCCUGGUGUUAUGAUCACACAGUAUGUUGAGGAACUUCCACCUGGAUGUACUACUCCUGAUUUCAUCAGAAAACCCAUAGCCUUAAAUCUACAAGAAGGCAAACUGGCCUUUUUCAAAGCUGUUGUUAAUGGAAAUCCAGCACCGGAAGUUUCAUGGGGACGUAACAAGGGAGACAUCUCUAAUUCAACUAAAUAUGUUUCACGAUACGAUGAGAAGAACGGAGAAUAUAUUCUGGAGAUACCAAAUGUAGAUUCAGAUCAAGCAGACACAUACAAAUGUCUUGUUAUAAAUCCUUUUGGAAAAGCUGUUUGUACUGCUGCACUUAAUGUCAUUGAAGUUGGCUUCAAGAAAAGAGAGCCAGUCCCCAAAAAUGACCCUGAGGAGUUCAGAAAAAUGCUGAAGAAAAGGGUUGUGAAGAGAAAGCAAAAACAAACAAAGGAGGGGGAAAUCGAUCCAAUGUUCUGGGAGGUGUUACUGUGUGCAGCCAAGAAAGAUUAUGAGCGCAUUUGUCUGGAAUAUGGAGUCACUGACUUCAGGUGGAUGCUGAGAAAACUCAACCAGAAGAAGAAGGAAAGAGAGGCAGAACAGUCCAAGUAUGUUGAAAAAGUCCACAGUAUGAAACAGAUCGAGGUAAAAACAGAUGGAACAGCAGAAUUUGAACUCGACAUGAAGUUAAAGGAUCCUAACAGCAAAAUCCUCCUCUACAAAGAUGGGGAAAUGCUUGACUAUGGAGAUGGAACUGAUGAUUCCAAAAAACAUAAUAUGCAGAAAUUUGGUGAAACGUACUUAUUCAGCAUUAGAGAUGUUGGCCAAGAAGAUGCUGGGUUAUAUCAAGUAGAUGUAGAGGAGGCGAACAUGUUCUCAACUUCCCUGACACUGCCUGAUGUGGAGUUUAAUGGCAUACUGAAAGACACAAAAGUGGUUGAGGGGCAGGAUGCAGCAUUUGAGUGUACCUUAUCGGACCCUGUGCCACAAAUCACCUGGUGCGCCAAUGAUAUCUCGAUUGAGCAUGGGGAUAAAUAUGAUGUCACAGUGUCAGAAGACAAGCAAGUCCACAAACUAACUGUGAAAAACUGUUCAAAAGACGACAAGGGAGUCUACACGGCUAUUGCUGGGCUCAGGUCAAGCCAGGGGACUUUGGUUGUGGAAGAUGAUCCCAAUGCCCGUGGAAAAAGUGCAGAUGAACAAGCCAGACGUUUAGCUGAGGAGAAGGACAGACUGCAAAGAGAAAAUGAAGAGGCGGCCAGGAGGGCACAGGCUGAACAAGAUGAGGCGGACAGGAGGGCUCAAGUCGAACAAGAUAAGUCAGCAAGGAGGGCACAAGCUGAGCGAGACAAGGUGGCCAGAAAGGCUCUGGAAGAGCAAGAUGAGGCGGCCAGAAAGGCUCAGGAAGAGCAAGAUGAGGCGGCCAGAAAGGCUCAGGCAGAGCAAGAUGAGGCGGCCAGAAAGGCCCAAGCUGAAAGAGAUGAGGCAGCCAGAAGGGCCAAAGCAGAGCGAGAAGCUGCUGAAAUGAUGGCAGCCAUGGCAGCAGGAAAUGGAGGUAGACAAAAUGGCAGUGCAGGAGAUGGGAAUGAAGGUGACGGAACAGGGAAGAACAGAAAAGGAGGAGAUGGUACCUUAAGAGAUGAUAAAGGAGAUGGGCUUGAUUUAGACGGAUCAGGUGGAAAUGGGUCUGGUGAUAAGCGCAAGAAGCGUGCAAGAGUCGAUGAAUUGCUUCACAACAGCAUCAUAGACCAUGGAGUCUGCUUCCUGAACGGGUUGUCAGAUACUACAGCCAAUGUUGGAAAAUCAGCAGAGUUGUCCUGCAAACUUAGUAGUGAAGAUAAAACUGGAUUAUGGUACAAAGAUGGAAAAAGGUUAGACUCCAAGGAUGGAAUUACAUUAGUCAAAGAUGGGGCUCACCACAAACUAAUAAUCCAUGACUGCCAAGAACGAGAUGCUGGCAAAUACAAGUUUGAGGCGGAAGGACGUAAAUCAGAGGCUACAUUAACUGUCGAAGAUCCACCCAAAAUCGAUGCAGAUGCCUUCAGUAAAUUCUCAAAGUCUGUUAUUGUGAAAGUGGGAGAAAAUGCUUCCUUCAAGCUACAAUUUUCAGGAAAAGAACCAAUUAAGAUUCAGUGGUUUAAAGAGGACGAAGAGUUCCUGCAGGGUCAUGGUGUCAAGAUUGAAAAGUCUUCAGAUCACACCCGCCUGCUUCUUACUAAGUGUCAGCGCAAAGACACCAGAGAGAUAAAAAUCAAAAUCAAGAAUGAAUUUGCCACUAUAGAGGCAACAUCAAAACUUAUUGUACUAGACAGACCGACCCCACCACAAGGACCUGUAGAAAUUGUAGAAAGCACGUUGUCUGCCAUUGAGUUUAAAUGGAGGCCCCCAAAGGAUGAUGGAGGUUGUCCAGUGACUAACUACAACCUAGAGCGGCAGCAGCUGGGACGAAACACCUGGACUAAAAUUGGAGAUAUUCCUGGACAGCCCACAUACAGAGACAGGAACAUAGAUUGUGGCCGAAAGUACUGCUACAGGAUCCGGGCCAAAAACUCGGAGGGCUUCAGUGACGUCAUCACAACUAGUGAUAUUGCUGCUGGCAAUUUGGCAUUCCCUGGUUCUCCUGCUCCUCCUAAAAUAGUCAGUGCCUUUAAAGACUGCAUUAACUUGGCCUGGCUUCCUCCCUCCAACACUAGAGGGGGAAAUCUCAUUGGCUACAAUUUGGAAAAGCGCAAAAAGGGCAGCAAUUUAUGGAGUCAAGUAAACGCAAAAGACGAUCCAAUCAGAGACAAAAUAUAUGCAGUAAAAGAUGUAAUCGAAGGUGCAGAGUAUGAGUUCAGAGUGAUCGCUAUUAACACAUGUGGCCCUGGCCAACCAAGUGGGCCCUCUGAAUGUGCAAUUGCAAGGGAUCCCAAAAAGCCUCCUGGUAAGGUCAAGGACCUCAGAAUAGAUGGAUCGAGCUACACCAGUCUGUCUCUUUCCUGGACUAAACCUACAGAAGUCAAAGGUGAGGAAGAUGAGGCAAAAGGCUAUUUUGUGGAAAUCAGGCCCGCAGAACAAGUCGAGUGGAGCCGUUACAAUACAAACGCAGUAAUUCAGACUUCCCUCACUGUUGUGGGAUUGAAGUCAAUGGCCAUGUAUUGGGUUAGAGUGAUCGCCACCAAUGAAGGAGGAGAGGGGCUUCCACAGAGUUUUGACAAUUACAUUAUCGCCAUGCCUCCUCCAGUAAAGCCAAAGUUUACUGACAAAAAAAUGAAAAGCUUUAUGGUUGUUAAAGCUGGAAACACAGUUCGUGUAAGCGUCAGUUUUGAGGCCUCUCCUUUACCAGACAUCACUUGGCUAAAGGAUGGUGUUCCAAUAGCCAAACAUGUGACAAUUACUAGUUUUGAAAAGGGUUCUCAGCUAUUUAUUUACACAUCAGAGCUGUCUGACACUGGCCUCUAUAUGGUCAAUUUGAAGAAUAUGGUGGGCCAGGACACCUUCGCUAUUGAAAUAAGAGUCACUGAUGAUCCCAAGCCUCCAGGUCCAGUAGAACUGGAACAGAAUGUCCAUGGCUCCGUGACUCUGUCAUGGACUCCUUCUCCCGAUGAGAAACGAGACAACCAUCUGCAUUACAUGGUGAUGAAGCGGGACUCUGUCAAGCAAACAUGGCGCACAGUGGUUGACCGCUUGUUCAACAACAAAUUCACAGUCAUUAACAUCUUGCCUGGAAGAGAGUACAGUUUCAGAGUGUUUGCCAAGAAUGAUAUAGGUCUCUCAGAGCCAUCAGUGUCUCCAGUUUGGGGAACCACCAAACAAAGAGAAAAAUUCACAUACAGCGUACCUGUUUUAAGGACCCUCGACUUCCAGGCAGCCCCCAAAUUUAUUGUCCCUUUAAAACUUCACAAUGCUCCGCCAGGUUAUGAGUGCUACAUGAGCUGUGCUGCAACGGGCAACCCAACCCCACAUAUCACCUGGUACCAUAACAAUGUCAGCCUCAACACAAACCCCAACUACUACAUAACAAAUGUGUGUGGUGUUUGUUCACUGCUCAUCCUGAGGGUUGGACCCAAAGACAUGGGAGAGUACAAAGUUGUAGCCGAAAACCCUCUUGGUCAUGAUGAGUGCUCCACCAAACUUAUAGUCAAAGAGUAAAGAAAGGACAACUUCAAAGAACUGUUUAUGAGAUCAUAUUUCUUUUUGGAAUAAAUGUAAUUUACAGUAUGUG